AUGAUUAAAGAGAGAACAGAUAUCUAAACUAUUGAAUCAAGCAAAGAAAUACAUAUUAGAUAAACUACAACAACUAAUUUACUACCAACUAUAGUUAUUGAUCAUCAUGAAGAACAGCACGACCAGUUAUAACCUUCUCUUUAAGUGAUUGAAGAAUCAGUAGAUGUGUCACAAUAAAAAGAAGAUCAUAAAUUCUAUCCUAAAUACCUUGGAUAACGGAAUUACUGGAUUUCAAAAUUAUUCUUUUAUCAUUAUACUUAGUAUUCUUUAUAAUUAAAGAAUCAUGUUUUAGAUAAGAAUUUAAAGAUUACUCAAUAACAUUUACCAUUGUUAUCUCCUAAAGAUGAUUUAUAAAAAUCAGUAGAUGCAUCAUUAAAGAAAAUAAAUUAAUUUAAACAAGUCACAACUUGUUAAUUAGUGAAAAUCAUUUUCUUUGGUGAACUUAAAUGGGUAACAUUCAAAUGUAUAAUUGCUUUUUUUAUUGAAUCCUUAUCAAAAAAUGGAAUAUCUUUUAUACUUAGCAAUAUCAUUACGUGUGUUUCAUAGAAUGAUAUUAAGAUGGCUCAUUUUUUUGCCAUAAUUAUGGUCUCUUUGAAUUUACUUUGUACAUUAAGUAGACAUCAUGCAGCUAAUCAAUCUAUAAUAUUUUCAUCAAAAGCACGAUUAACUUUAAUAAAUCUUGUAUAUAUUAAAUUAAUUGAAUUAAAUCAAUACUCUUUUAAAUAAGCAAAUAUUGGUAAAAUAUUAAAUAUUUUAUCUGGAGAUAUCAAUACUCUAGAAUAAGUAUUGAGUAUGAUAUUUCCUAGUAGUGUGGUGAUAAUAUCAUUAUUAUUGGCUUCUUAUAUACUAUGGGAUCGAUUUAAUGGUUUUAUUGGAAUUUUAGUUGUAGCUAUUAUAUUUAUAGCAUAUCCAAUUUAAAUAUUUUUAUAAUCAUUUAAUUCUUAAACUCUCAAACUUUAAAAACAACACUAGGAUAAAAGAUUCAAAAUAACUAAUGAAUUAAUAGAAGGAAUAAGAUUAAUAAAAAUGUAUGCUUGGGAAUAAGCAUUCAAAUAAAUGAUCUUGACAGCAAGAAGAGAAGAAUUUAUUUGUUUAUUAAAAGUUGUUAUCAGAUCAGGUAUAGAUAGAUUAUUUACAUUAAUAUCACAAAUUUGGGCAAGUUUGUUAUUUUUUAUUAUUUUAUAUUAUGGAGGUUAUAGAAAUGAAAUGAAGGUAGCAGAAAUGAUAUCUACUCUUUAAUUAUUAUCAUUUCUAAAAUUAAAUUGUGUUUAUAUGGUUUCUUAUGGAAUCUAAUCUUUUAUUUAAAUCAAAGUAUCUUUUGAAAGAAUAGCAAAAACUCUUAAUUUGUAAAAUUUUGAGAUGAAAUAAUUAGAAUAAGAAGUACAAAAUUAAUAGAAAAAUGAAUGCCAAACAGAUGAUUGUAUUAUUCCAAUCGUAUCAUUUAAGAAUUUUUAAGCCUUUUGGACUCAUUCUCUUAAAAAAGAUGAUAAACCAGUUUUGAAAAAUAUAAAUCUGGAUAUCUAUGAAGGUGAAACAUGGGCUGUAAUUGGUUAAGUUGGUUCUGGAAAAUCAUCAUUCUUACAUUCUUUGUUAUCAGAAAUACCAUCCUAUAAAGGAACUCUUCUUUUUAAUGGUUAAAUUCCCUAAGAAAGUGAUUUGACUAUUGCUUAUGUUGAAUAAGAACCUUAUAUUUUCCCUGAUACAAUUAGAUAAAACAUCUUAUUUGGAAGACCAUACAAUAGGUCUCUAUAUUAAAAAGUAACUUAAGCAACUGAAUUAGAUGUUGAUUUUUCUUUAAUGAAAUCUUCAGAUCAUACUGAAAUAGGAGAAAGAGGUAUAACAUUAUCAGGUGGGUAGAAGGCAAGAAUAUCUUUAGCAAGGGCUCUUUAUUCAUUAGCAGAUAUAUAUUUAUUUGAUGAUCCUUUAUCUGCUGUUGAUGCUCAUGUAGCAGAGAUUAUAUUUUAAUUAGCAAUUAAAUAAUUUAUUUUUAGUGAAUAACCUCUUCUUAAUCCUAAAAAAUAAAGACCUAUUGUUUUUAUAGCUACUCAUUAGAUUUAGUAUGCUGUGAAAUGUGAUAAAAUUGCAAUAUUAAAUGAGGGUGAAAUUAUUGCUCAAGGAACCUAUGAUCAAAUAAAGUAAUCGCUUUAUAUGAUUAAUAAAGGAUUAGCAUUAUAAUUAACUAGUUAAAAGAAUGAAAAUAAGAAUCAAGAUGAAAUCAGAUCAUCAGCUAGAAGAAGAACUGGGGCAAGAUCAACAUAUUUGAGAAAUCUUACUAUUCAAGAAUAAAAUUUAUAAUAAGUUGUAGAUUUAACUACCUUUGUUAGAUAUUUUAAAUAUUGGAAAUGCUUUGAAUUGAUUAUAAUAUUAGGAUUAGAGGCAGGAUCUGAAAUAAUAAUUAUAUUCUAUUAAAGAAUUAUCUCAUUAUUUCAAGAAUAUUAAACAAAGGAUGAAAUUAAUUAUGCAUAUACAUAAAUGGGCAUUCUCACUAUAGCUUUACUUUUUUGUAAUUUUAUUAAAUAUAUAAUGAAUAUAUUGUAAGUUUAGAAAACAACUUAACAUAUUCAUAAAUAAAUGCUUGAAUCAAUAAGUAUAGCUCCAAUAUCUUAUUUUGAUACCAAUCCUUCAGGAAGAAUUAUCAAUCGAUUUUCUAAUGAUCUAUCCUUAUGUGAUGCUCAAACCAAUCAAGUUUGUUUAGAUAUUUUAGAAUUAAUUGGAAACUUUCUAUUUGCCCUAGUAACCUUAGCAAUUUUAUAACCUUUUUUUUUAAUAAUGAUAAUAGCCUUAUUACUUAUUGAUAUCUAUAUAUAUAGUUUCUAUAACAAAAUUAUUAGCUAAUUGAAAGAAAAUGAAUUGAUUUAAAGAAGUCCUCUAUUUGAUUUUAUUAAAAAAACAUUAGGUGGAGCUGUUUAAGUUAGAGUUUAUGGACAAAGGGAAUGGUUUAUCAAAUAAUUUUAUGAUUUGUCAAAUUAAUGUAAUCUAAAUUCAUUGACUUAUUAUUAUUAAGCUAGAUGUUUUGGAUUUAAUAUUGAUAUGAUUGGAUUUUUUGCAUAAACUGUUGGUCUCUUUUUUUUUUUGAAUUUGAAUAAUGAUGAUAUUGCUAUAUUUUCUUAAGGAGUAUUACUACUAGCUACAUAUAAUGAUGGAUUAUAAUUAGGGUUAAGGUAGAUGAUUAAUUUUGCCACUCAGAUGAAUUCAUAUAAUAGAAUGUUUGAAAUUAUUGAUAUACCACCAGAAGCACCUCAUAUUAAAUAGGAGGAUAAAAAAUUUAAUAAAUUCCCUUUAAAUGGUGAUAUAGUAUUUGAAAAUGUUUAUAUGAGAUACAGAGCUAAUUCUGAUUUGAUUCUAAAGGGUAUUUCUUUUAAAAUAUAGAGUGGAUAGAAAAUUGGUUGUGUUGGAAGAACAGGUGCUGGUAAAAGCUCAAUAUUAUAUGCAAUAUUUAGAAUGUCAGAAAUAGAGGAUGAUGAGGAUUCUUUUAUUUCAAUAUCAGGUGUUGAAAUUAAAAAUUUAGGAUUAAGAAAAUUAAGAAGUAGCAUUGGAAUAAUACCAUAAUGUCCAUUCUUAUUUACAGGAACUGUCAAAAGUAAUCUAGAUCCUUUUGAAGAAAACAAUGAUGAAAGUAUUUUGAAAGCAUUAGAAAUUACUGGUCUUAUAGAACAUAUUAAAUAAUUUCCAAAAGGAAUACUAACUGAUAUCUCAGAUGUAAACUCUGUUUUUUCUGUUGGAUAAAAAUAAUUAAUAUGUUUGACACGUAUUCUUUUAUCAAAAAAGAAGAUUGUUGUUUUAGAUGAAGCCACAGCUAAUUUGGACUUAAAAACAGAUGAUUUUAUAUAAGAAACAUUAAAAAAAUAACUAAAAGAUUGUACUUUAAUAACCAUAGCACAUAGAUUGAAUACAAUAGCUGAUUAUGAUAAAGUUAUGGUCAUUUAUGAUGGAAGAGUUAUUGAAUACGAUAAACCAUUUAAUCUAUUAGCAAAAUCACCUAAUUCAACUUUUAUUGAUAGAAAUUCAGAAUUUUCAAGGCUUGUAAAGAAUACUGGAAAUUCGAAUGCCUAAGCUAUUUUUGAUAUUGCUAAAAAACAAUUGAGUAUAAUAGAACAUUGA